AUGGUGUCGAACGCGUUUGUGCUGUGCAGAGUGCGGCACAAUGUGAGUCUGUCGCCAUGUCACAGCAUGGAGCCGCGCGUGGGCAUUGAGCAGGAACUAGUCGAGCAGCUCAUGCACUACUCGGAGCCACUGCAGGGCGUUGUCCUGAGCUUCAGCAACGUGCAGCUGGAUCGGCCCUACGGCGCAAUUGUGAACGAGAUGCCGUUUAUUCACUGCAAAGUCCUGGCUGAUGCUCUGGUGUUCCGUCCACUAAAGGGCAUGAAGCUGCGUGGUACUGUCAACAAGAUCGGCAGCAACCACGUUGGAAUGCUCUUUGCUGGCGUCUUUAACGGCUCCGUGGCUGAGGCCGAGCUGCCCAAGGGCUUUGUACACAAUUACGCCCAAGACUGCUGGCUCGGUGAGGACGGCUCGUCCAUUGCUGUGGCAGACGAAGUGGACGUGAAAGUGCUGCGAGUCCACGUUGCGGGUGGUAUGAUUGCGAUUGAGGCUACGAUGCGUCUUGCCGACAGCAAGGUCGUGAAGCCUUUGUCGGCGAAGAAAACUCAGAAAGCGACGCACCUUAAUUUGGUGGCAGGUGGGCCCGUGACGACGUCGUUUGAGGAUAAGGAAAGCAAGCGCGCUAAGGAGGUCGACGGAAGCGAGAAGAAGAAGGCAAAGAAGGCGAAGAAAGACAAGAAGACCAAGGAGGCGGGUGCAGACAAGGAGAAGAAGAAGGUGCGGAAAGUACAGAACGGUGCGGAGGUCGAGUUGACACCAGCAGCAAUAGACGAUCAUGACAUCGAGAAGAGAAAGGAGGAGAAACGAAUGAAAAAGCGCAAGCGUAAGGAAGACGCCAUGGCGGAACCGAGCAAACACACGGCGAAAGAUGCCGAUAAGAAAGAAAAGCGCAAGAAAAGCAAGCACGAUUAG